GUCGGAAGCAACAGGUGGCUGCAGUGAUUGGCUUCAUCUUUGCUGCCGCGUCGCGCACACACGUCUCUGACAGCCGUAUCGAAGAGCUUUGAGGGCGAGAGUACGAAUCGUUCGUUGUUGCUUCGCGCGUUCUAUUAACUGACGGUCCGACCUUCUGACCCGACAAUCCUGUUCCGUCCGCGUCGAAUAUAAAUUCUACGCCGACAAACUGUGACACAACGUGGAAAGUGGCACAUGUUGCGGAAUUAUUAACUGGCCAGAGUUAGGAGUAGAGCAUCCAUCUUUAUUUAGUUUUCUCCGCCCACGAUGUCCAACAACACGACGCAGACCGUUGUAAAGUAUGCUGAUGCUGACCGAGAGGCCAACAUCGUCACCCAGCUGCAGCCGGCGAACGACAUGGCUCCACAACGUCAAAGGGGGCCCACGUGCUGCCACGACUGCACCCCCAUGGAGCGCAGGCUGACGCUGGUGGCUGCGACCACGCUGCUGGCAGCCAUCGCUCUCGCCGUCUCGCUGGGCGUCCUCUUUGCCAAGUGGCAGCACCAGCCCAGAGCCAGUCAGGUGCCAGUAUCCCAAUCCACCAAUCAGAGCCAGGAGGACCUCUGCCUGACACAGGGAUGCAUCCAAGCAGCGUCUGAGGUGCUGAGCAAACUGGACCCAUCGGCGGACCCCUGUGAUGACUUCUACCAGUACGCGUGUGGCAACUACGUGCGCACCACCAACAUCCCGGAUGACAAGUCGUCGGUGGACACCAUCUCAGCUCUCACCGACCACCUGCUGGAGAAGCUGCGCAACGCCAUAGAAGAGGAGCUGACCGAAGCUGUCGUCCCACGGAGCCUGCAGCUGGCGCGCGACUUCUACAGGGCCUGCAUGAACAAGCCACAGAUCGAGUCCCGCGGCGUGGGGCCGCUCCAGAGGGUGCUGCAGGAGCUGGGCGGCUGGCCCGCCGUCGAGGGCGACUCCUGGGACGAGGCGGGCUUCGACUGGCGGCAGAGCGUCUACCGCUUCCGCAGGGCCGGAUUCAGCACUGACUACUUCAUCAAGUUCUCGGUGGAGACCGACCACCGCAACUCAACGCAGCGCUGCAUUUACCUGGACCGGGCAUCGCCAGGACUAAGUCACGAGUUCCUUCUGAGGCCUCCCCCAAACAAGCAGGUGGAUGCGUAUUACAAGUACCAGGUGGACCUAGCAGUUCUGCUGGGUGGUGACAGAGUGCGCGCACAGCGUGAGCUCAGGCAGUCCCUCGAGUUCGAGAGACAUCUGGCCAUAAUCUCGCUGACAAGAGAGAAGAGGGGCAACGUGACGCAGCCGUACGAACCGCCCACCGUGGAGAAGCUGCAGCGGGCGUACCCGUCGGUGCCGUGGCUGGAGUUCCUGCAGGCGCUGCUGCCGCCACGCGUCGCCGUCUCCAGCAGCGAGGCGGUCGUCGUUCUGGCGCCGUCGUACAUCGAGCGCCUCUUACAGUUGCUCAGCCACACCCCCAAGAGGGUGAUCGCCAACUACGUCAUGUGGCGGGCGGCUGAGGCCCGGGUGAGGUUCAUGACGGAGGAGUUGCGCGAGCGCCAGCUCGACUACAACUACGCCCUGACCAGCAAGAAAGAGCGGCAACCCCGCUCGAGGGAGUGCGUCGAAAUCGUCGCUACUGGCAUGCCGCUGGCUGUGGGCUCCAUCUAUGUGCGCAGGUUCUUCGACAAGGAGGCCAAGAACGCGGCGCUCGAGAUGGUGGACGACAUCCGCCAGGAGUUCCUCCACAUGCUGCAAGAGGUGGACUGGAUGGAUGAGGGCACCAAGAAGAAGGCACUAGAUAAGGCCAAGUCCAUGGUCGCCCACAUCGCCUAUCCUGAUGAGUUGCUGGAUGACAGCAAGCUGGACCACUUCUAUGAGGAGCUGGACGUCAACUCAACCCUCUACCUGGAGAGCUUGCUCAACGUGACCAAGUUCCUGAUGGACUACUCCUUUGGUCAACUGCGACAGCCCAUCAACAAGACUUCAUGGACCACCCACGGAGCGUCAGCUACUGUAAACGCCUUCUACGACCCCAGUGAGAACUCCAUAUUGUUCCCAGCGGGCAUCCUCCAAGGAGCCUUCUUCAGUGCUGACCGCCCCAAGUACAUGAACUACGGUGGCAUCGGCUUUAUCAUUGGCCACGAGAUCACACAUGGCUUCGACGACAAGGGUCGUCGGUAUGACAAGGAUGGUAACGUGGUGGACUGGUGGGACCCUGUGACUCGUGACAAGUUUCUUAAGAAGGCACGCUGCAUCAUCUCACAGUACGGGAAUCUCACUGAUAAGCAGACAGGCAUGCACCUGAAUGGGCUCAUCACACAGGGGGAGAACAUCGCAGACAAUGGCGGCAUCAAGGAGGCGUACCGCGCCUACCUCGCCCUGGAGCGCCGCACCGGCCAGCCAGAACUGAGGCUGCCCGCGCUGCCCAGCCUCUCUCCACGGCAGAUGUUCUGGGUGUCCGUCGCACAGGCCUGGUGCUCGAAGUACCGUGUUGAGCAGAUGCGCCAGAGCAUCUUGACUGACGUUCACCCACCGAGCCGCUUUCGCAUACUGGCCCCAUUCAGCAACCAGCCUGAGUUUGCCAAGGACUUCGAGUGUCCACUUGGCUGCCACAUGAACCCGAAACAGAAGUGCCAGGUGUGGUAAAGCGUCAAGAGGCUGAUAGCCACACCGAAAUGUCAGGAGUCUAUCACUAGCUGCCAAGUGCCUGAUGUCACCCACUGUCCAUCGCACACAUCUGACUCCCAAAUUCACAGAUAUACCGACUCAGUGACUCUGCAGAACAAAAGGGAAUUUAAUGCUGUCAACGAUCGACCAAUACUUCAGAUAUGAAGCUUUGUGUGUAGUCCUCACUACACGGGCUCCGACGUGUUCACUAUGGGACUGGAGUCUCAAAACAGGCUAUCAGAUGUAUCCACAGAGGACUGGAAAAGGACUGUCCAGUUGCUAUGGUUUUAGCACAUGCUUAAUGGGGAUUGCCAAUUGUGUGUGCGUGUGUGUGUGUGUGUGUGUGUGUGUGUGUGUGCGUGUGUGUGUGUGUGUUAUCAAUGUACAACCAGCUUCUUGAGGAGGAUAAAUAAAUCUGUCUGUAGAUGCAGUUACCUUUAUCCUAAAUGUUAAUAAAGUAUUUCAGAUACUAUUUUCUUUCUGGGAAGUCCUGGAAAUUUAUUCUGUUCGAGUAAUACCACACAGAGAAAAACGACACCCACAACAACUCGUAAGUUGUGGAAGAAAAAGAGAAAAUUAAAUGGACAAAAAGUAGUGGAGGGAUGAUUCCAGUCAUUUAAACCACAGAGAUAAAUAUUUUAUGCACUGAAAACAUAUGUUGCAUUAUUAGUGAAAAGUGAGAUUUACUGCAAUACUAAGCUGCAAACAACGAGAUGAGGCAAGAUCUAAUGAGAUAGUUUUACACAAGGAAGUGUGACAUUUCAAGGAAAUGUAAACAACACCCUUGUAUUUUUUCUGUCUGCCAUUAUCAGCACUAAAUAAGCAAAGUGAAAAAAAAUCAGUGGCCAUCAUUAAAUAAUCGUCAAGAAAGUGAUUGGCAGUCUAGAAACUGUUAGUUCCAGUACUAUGAAGGGAUAUGGACUACAGAGCUUUCUACCUGGAGACUAAUUGUUCAUACUAUGUGAGAAAAGCCAAGAUGACUGUCAUUAAACUAAUGCAGUACACUAAAUGAUAGUGAGAGCUGUCAACAUUGAGAUAACUUUUAUGUAUUUAAUAUUGUCAUUGAGGACAGUGCUCUAAAAGUGUCCAAAGGUUUCAAGAAUGGAACAAGUAACUUCCUAAUUUUUUAAUGCUGCUAUGGGAAUUUAUUAAAUUGUAUGGCAGUAAUGACACACUGCAUUCACAAGCAGUGGCCAUAGCAGAUGAAGUAAAGCAAAUCAGUAACAAUAUUUAAUAACUGAAAGCUGCAUUACUCUUACAUCUUGUGAGAAGAUUUUAACGGAGAGAGAGAGAAGAAGGGAGGGGGAGAGAUAUAAUGUUUCAGUGCUCUGAGUUGUAUGAUAGACGAUUUUACCUGCAUGUGGAAAUCAGAAAGAAUCCCCAUAAGCAAAAUCAGCAUGGCGCAAUAGCAUUACAAUAGACGUAUCAUACAGGCCUAAAUAGAUCACAUUGAAGCAGAAACGUAACACACUUUAUUCAUGUAUGACCAAUUCUGCCUGCAGAAGUUUAACGCUGUCUCGUUAAAUUCUCUUGGCGUUCAAAAUGUAUCACCCUUCUGCAGAAGCUAGAAUUUUCAAUGAUUUUCAGCAUCCUCGUGGUCGGGAGAAGAAGAUGAAUAAAUUAUGCAAAUGUCCAAAAUCUCGAGUUUCUACUUGA